AUGCCACAUAGUACUAAUCAUAAUCCCAGUUACAAUUGGCUGAAGUUGUCUAAUGUCUAUUAUACAAUACAAACAUGUUAUGAUUCAAUCAAUUGGUCAUUAGAAAGUUUAUAUUAUAAUUAUAAUCUUAAGUUAUCUCCCAAUUCAACCUUAGUGGCAAUAUCAGGUAAACAUUCACAAUAUCCAAACUUAAUUGAUGUAUAUUCCAUUGGUGGUAAUAAGCUAUAUUCAAUUGUAUAUAAUAAUACUAUAGUGGAACAUAUUCAUUCAUAUUUAUUUAGAAAUGAAUGUUUAAUCCUUGUUUUCAAUAAUGGUAAAUUUAGAUAUUAUUAUGAUUUACUGGGAUGUUUAUUUAAUCAAUAUGAUAUGUUACAAGAUAUAACACAUAUGGAUAAUGUUGGUAGCAUAUCACAACAACCACAAGAUCAUCAUCAUCAUCAGCAAACAAUUAUAACUAAUCUUGAGAAUAAUGAAAUUGAAAUACCAAUAAACAUAAUUGAAUGUAAAAUUAUUAAUCAUCGAUAUUUAGUCACAAGAAUGAUUGGUAAAUUUAUAAUAACUGAUUUGGAUACAUUUAUUAAUUAUGAAAUCCCAUUGACUUCAUUAAAUCUGAGCAAUAUUCAUACAUUCACAUCCCAACCAACUACCAAACAAGACUCGAUAAUCCUUCAUAUACUCUAUCAAAAUACAAUAAUAACAAUUAACAUUGACAUAGGUUUAGCCAGCUAUGAAUUCAUAAAUCAGCAACUCACAGAUGGUCCAUUCAAUUCAAUAUCAUCUUCUCCCAAUGGACAACUCAUAACCUUAUUCAAUGCCCAAAUGAAGAAAAUCUUUGUCGUUAACAAUACAUUUGAUCAAGUAUUGUUGGAUUAUGAUACAAUCAAUGAGUCAGGACCUCCUUAUCAAAUAGAAUGGUGUGGAAAUGAUGCAAUUAUCUUGUCAUUUAAAGAUGAAAUAAAAUUGAUUGGUCCACCUGGACAACAAUCAAUUUCAUUCUUUUAUGAUCUUAUUGAUGAUGAUGACGAGAAUGAGCCUCAACUGGAUUUCGAUCUUGAGAAUUUAUUAACCAAGCAAGACGAAGAUUUAUCAUUUACAAUUCCGAUAUUACAAACUUCUAUAGAUGGAGUGAGGAUACUUACUGAUCAUAAAUUGCAAUUCUUAAGUCGAGUUCCCCAGACUACGAUUGAUUUAUAUCAGAUCGGCUCAGAUCAUCCCAGUAGUAUUUUAAUUGAUUGUGUUGAUAAAUUUGCUGAAUAUGCAUCAAAGGCAGAUACCAAUGUUUCCUUACUCAAACAUGAUGGAACGUUAUUAAAAGCAAUGGAGGGAUGUUUGGAAGUUGCAUUAGAUGAAUUCAAUCCCAUAUGGCAAAAGAAACUCUUGUCAGCGGUCUCAUUUGGUAAGAUAUACUAUGAUGGCGAUGACGAUGAAGAUGGACAAUACUUUGAUUCAGAAAAGUAUUUAUCAAUUCUAAAUAAUAUCAAAGUCUUGAAUCAACUUCGUUCAAUUGAAAUCGGAUUAUUCUUAACUCAUAAAGAAAUUGAAAAUGUUGGUUGGGAAUCAAUAAUCAGAAUGUUAAUAUCCCGGAAUCAUCACUUUUUGGGUCUAAAAAUCAUUGAUCUAUUAAACCUCCCUAACUUAAAACCAAUUAUAUAUAUACAUUGGUGUUGUGCUAAAAUUAAACGAGAGUUAACCAUGUCCGAUAUCGAAUUAUUCAAAAUUAUAAGCAAGAAAUUGAUUUCAUUGAAUGGCGAUCAAUAUAAUUAUAUUUCUGUGGGAGAGAUUUCUGACGUCGCACAUGAAGAAGGUAGGAAUAUGUUAUGUAAACUUCUAAUCAACCUUGAACCGAGUAUGAUUAAGAAAGUAAUGGAAUUGUUAAAAUUCGAAGAACCUGAAUUAGCCCUUUUGAAAUGUUUCCAAUCGGGUGAUUAUGACUUGUGUAAGAUUUUAUUAUUAUAUUUACAAGAUAAUUUAUCCAUGUCACAAUUUUUCAGAGUGUUGAAUCAGAAUGAACAGACAGGACAUGAUGCGUCUGUGGAUGAAUUACGGGAGUUGGGAAUUAAGAUUAGGUCAGAGAGUAUGGUGAUUACUGGAGAUGUCAUUGGUAAUAUGUGGGUGAAAUCAAUUGGGAAGUAUGAUAAGUCUUCUGGUCUAUUAGAAUCGUACUUACAUCAAGAAAAUAAAACUCAUGAACUCGUCGUCACAAAAUUAAAAUCAAUCUCCCCACCACAGUCCCUGUCUCCAGACCAUGAACCACAACCACAUGAAUUAGAAGAAUAUUAUUCAACAUAUAAACAAACCCUAACGAAAGCACUUUCCAAACGAUCCCAACACCGCCAAUCCAAAUCAAUCCAUCGACAACUCGCAAUCCUCGACCUUCAAAAACGUCUAACCGAGACAUAUCUAACAAAUUUCUACAUCCACAAAUCUCUCACGGCAAUCUUAUCCCAUCUUAUCGGGAAACUCAACCAACUAAAACCGGCCCAAAAAAUUGCCAAAGAAUUUCAAAUCUCGCAAGAGAAAUUCCAUCAAAUUGUCAUUGGAGCAUAUGCCCCCACCAAACAAUUUGAUCACUUAUACGAAUUCGCCAUGGCUGGUCCUCCGCCAGUGGGAUAUGAACCAUAUGUCGAUGCUGGGUUUAGGUAUGGUGCCCCGGCGGUUCAUUUAUCGAACUAUAUUAAGAAAUGUACCAAAUAUGACCCAGGACAGAAGAUGAGGUUGUUUGCUAAGAAUCGUGAUUGGGAAAUGGCGGGGUUGGAGGGGUUUAGGAUUAAGGAUAUUGGAAUGUUACGGGAUUUGUUGGAGUUGGUUGGGGAUGAUGAUGGGGAUGGGAGGGAGAUUGUGAGGGGAUAUAUUGAAAAAUUGGGAUAUUCUUUGUAA